UACUUCAAUAGUUUGAUACACUCGCAGAGAACAAUUGGCCCUUUCAAACAGAGAAAACCAAACACCAAAAAUUUGAAUCACCGCCUAUCUUGCUAAAACCUCCCCUUCCUAUCAGAUCAUAGUUGUCGUAACUAGCUACAUCAUGGAUACAGUAAACCGUCUAGUGGAAAACAAACCAGUGGUUAUCUUUAGCAAGAACUCCUGCUGCAUGAGCCAUUCCAUGAAACAACUAAUAAGCAGCUAUGGAGCAAACCCAACAGUGUAUGAGCUGGAUGAACUUCCAAACGGAAGUGAAAUAGAUCGAUCAUUACAAAAGCUUGGGUGUAAGCCAGGAGUACCAGCUGUGUUCAUAGGCCAAAAGCUCAUAGGAGGGGCAAACGACAUAAUAAGCCUCCAAGUCCAAGGCAAACUCGUCCCCAUGUUGAUGGAUGCUGGAGCCAUAUGGGUUUGGAACAGAACCAAUUAAUGAUUCUACCAAUUGAUUAGGAUUAAGAGGGGAUAAGUAAUUUGUGUUCCUUUCUUACACCUGUUUUUUGACUAGUUUCUUAGCUUAUGUAGCAUUAGAUCAAAAGAGGAGAGGAAAAAGGGAAGCAAGUAAUACCAAGAAUUAGCAUAAAGAGCCAAGGAAACCGGUGAACCACCAGUUCAAAGCUUAAUUGUACAAUGAGCAAUGAGAUCGUGAUGAAUUAAGACAAUUUUGUCCUAUUUGAAAGUGUAAAUGCUGAAAUACGAUGCUUUGUUUUCUAAUGGCUCAAUCCCCCCCCCCCUACUUUUCUCUUCCACGUCAUAAGAAUGAAAAAUAUAUAUCUUUUACGGGUAAAGCAAAAUACAGACCAACCGAUAACUGUACAACAAAUACGAAGGCAGGAGGAGAAUGUACCACACAGGGAUGUAAAAGAUAGAAAGGCCAAUAAAUCAGUGAACAAUGGCACAAGGAAAGCUCUUACGUACUUUUUCUAAAAAAGUUGGACAUAAUUUGAAAGAAUAGGAGACUGACUGGCACAGAGGAUUACAGAGUUCCAAUACUUAGAUGAAACAAAACUUUCCUCCAGUUUCAAUCAUGUCUUCAAAGUACAAACAGUUUUUUCAAUAAAUCUAUUCCAAAUUACCAUUUUGUAU